AUGGAGAAGAGCCCGGAGAAGCGCGCCCUUCAGGAGGCCGAGAGCCUUCGUCGCAUCGCCUUUGCCGGCGUGGCCAUCAGCACCGUCGCCACCCUGACGUGCAUCAUCGCCAUCCCGGCGUUGUACAACUACAUGCAGCACGUUCAGUCGUCUCUUCAGACUGAGGUCGAAUUCUGCAAGCACCGCACGACCGGCCUUUUCGAGCAGUACGAGCGUAUGGCCCAGAUCAAGGGCGUUCGAGGACGCAUUGUGAAGAGACAGUCGUACGACAACCCGAUGGGAGGAUCAGCUGGAGCUGCUGGAGGAGCCGCAGCCGGAGGCGCCGCCAACGCCCCAGGACAUGCUCCCGCUGGAGGAGCCGGCGGUUACGAUGCCCCCGUUGGUGGAGUCAGCUCGGCAGCUGGAGGAGAGGGAUCGUGCUGCUCGUGCGGAGUGGGCGAAGCUGGCCCGGCUGGACCUCCUGGAGAUGAUGGAAAGAACGGAAAUGACGGAGCCGCCGGAGAGAAUGGAACUCCUGGAGAGGACUCCGCCCCCGAUGCCCAGCCCUCCGCUGAUGACUUCUGCUUCGACUGCCCGGCUGGACCCCCUGGACCUGCUGGAAACGCCGGACCCAAGGGACCCAACGGAAACCCCGGAGCCCCCGGAAACAAGGGACCCGAUGGUCAGCCCGGACAGCCUGGAGCCCCCGGACCCCAAGGACCCCCCGGCCAAGAGGGACAGCCCGGAAACGCCGGAACCAAGGGACCUUCCGGUACCGUAUCCGAAGUGCCCGCCCCCGCCGGACCCCCCGGACCCCCUGGACCUCAAGGAAAUUCGGGAGUCGACGGACCCCCUGGACAACCCGGAAAGCCCGGACAAGAUGGACCGGCUGGACCUGUUGGAGACAACGGAAAGGAUGGACACCCCGGAAACCCCGGAAACGCUGGAAAGCAGGGAGACGCUGGAGUGGCUGGAGUUGGAGGAGGAUGCGGACAUUGCCCCCCACCCAGGACUGCCCCUGGAUAU